AUGGGCCUUGGAGACAUAAUCAAAGAAAAAAAUGAUGCAUCAUUGCAAGAUAAAGCAAAUGCCAUGAUUUUUCUCCGGCGCCAUAUUAGUGAGGAACUGAAAACUGAAUACCUCACUGAAAGAGAUCCACUUUGUUUGUGGAACAAUUUGAAAGAAAGAUAUGACCAUAAAAAAACAGUAAUCCUCCCAAAGGCCAGGGCUGAUUGGCUGCAACUGAGGUUGCAAGAUUUUAAAAUUAUGGUUGAAUAUAACUCUAUUCUAUUCAAAAUCAGCUCUAUAUUGAAAUUAUGUGGUGAUACUGUUACUGAUGAACUUUUGUUAGAAAAAACAUUCACCACAUUUCACGCCUCGAAUGUACUCUUGCAACAACAAUAUCGAGAGCGUAGAUUUAAAAAAUAUUCAGAGCUGAUAUCAUGUUUGCUGGUGGCAGAGCAAAAUAAUGAGCUUUUGUUAAGAAACCACCAGUCUCGUCCAACUGGAUCGACACCGAUCCUUGAAACAUAUGUUGCCUCAUCCCGUGGUCGUGGACACUGUGAUACUCUCUAA